GUAAAUGUGAUGUUGAUUGUACAGCAAAGCGGAACUUGCAGAGGUUUAAUAGAGCAUUUAAGAAAUUUAAAAGAGCUGUGAGACGCCAAAAAUACAUUGUAAGAUUUGAAAACAAAGAAUUCAAGCCUGUCAGGAGGAGUUUUAUGCCAGAUAAGAAUAUCAAAGAGCUGUGUAAAGAUGGCAUGCAACUUUUUAACAACAGUUGCAUUGGCUGCACGUUUGGAACUUUUUACAAUAAGGAGACUAGAAAAUGUCAGCUGUGUCCUCGUGGAACAUACCAGGACAUGGAAGGACAACUCUUGUGUAAAGAUUGUCCAAACAGACUUCCUGGAUCAGGAGUGGAAGGGGCAACCAUGCUGUCUCAUUGUUCUGAGCUAUGUGAACAGGGAACCUUCUCAGCAUCUGGCUUCAAACCGUGCAUGGCAUGCCAGGUGGGAACAUUCCAGCCAUAUUUUGGUCGCACAUUCUGUUUAUCCUGUGGUUCAAAUAUGAAAACAAAGAGUACAGGCAGCACUGGAUUUAAAGACUGUGUGUCCAGAAAACUGUGUGAAUCUGGUCAUUAUUAUAACAUCAGUACUCAUACGUGCUCACAGUGUGGCAAAGGAUUUUAUCAGCCCAGUACUGGACAAGAUUACUGCUUUCCAUGUCCAGGAAAAACCUCCACAGAUUUCGUGGGUUCCAUCUCUCCAGAUGAUUGCAAAGAUCGUCGAUGUGGACGGCACAUGGGUGACUUCUUUGGUGUCUUAGAGAGUCCCAACUAUCCUGGAAAUUAUCCCAUCAAUAUAGAGUGUGUCUGGAAAAUCCGCCCAGAGAAGCAAAGACGAAUUCUCAUUAUUAUUCCAAAAAUAGAACUUGGGGAUGGAGAAGACUGUGGAGACAAAGUAGUCAUGAGAAAAUCCAAAUCUCCCCAAAGCCAAAGUACAUUUGAAACAUGUGAAAGCCGAGAGCGGCCAAUUGCUUUCACUGCCCGGUCCAAAAAGUUGUGGAUACAAUUUGUAUCUAAUGGAAAUAAAACUGCCAGGGGAUUUUCAAUUCCAUUUGUCACUUAUGAUGAACAAUAUGAAUCAUUAAUUGAAGAUAUAGUACGAGAUGGUCGUCUCUAUAGCUCAAAACAGCACCAGCAAAUAUUUAAGGAUCGUCAGCUACUAACAGCUCUGCUGGAAGUCAUAGCCACACCCAACACUUAUUUGAAGUAUGCAAAUGUGUCCCACACAAUGUUCCCACCAUCAUUCUUUAAACUUCUGACUCCAAAAGUUCGACGAUUCUUUCAGACGUGA